AGCCUGCUUCAUGUUAUGUUUAUGUUUCAACUACUAUAAUAGCUGACGUUCCGUCAGAUCCAUUUGCGGAUUGGCCUAAGGUUCUGCGUUACCAGCACAUGUCUUUCGAAAAUCCCAAUUUCCGCACGCUGACUCCUCUCGAAGAUAAAAUAUACAAAAUAAAACAAGAAUGGAUGAACAUCACGAUAUUUCAAUCAAAGAUCGUCUCCCGGAGCCCCAAAAGCGAUUUUGGAUGCGCUCAAGAAAGCGUAGAAAUAGUGAUGCAGCAAGUGUGAAUUCAAUGGAUAUAUCCAUGGGAUGUGAGAGCUUGAAAAAGAAGAAGAGACGGAGGAUAACAGAGGUGGCGACCAGUCUUUUCACUUUGUCUUCAUCCUCUUCUAGUUCAUCUACGCCAAACAAAUUCACUAGUGUUCUGCAGAGGUCAUUUGGUUCUCAAAUCUCUCAUGCGGACAUCUCUCUCCUUGGAGAAGAAACGAAUACAAAAACUAUUGAAGAAAGAUUGUCGAAAGUCAAUACAGAGAGGCUAGAUCAGUUGUCUAUUCGCAGCUGGAUUGUCGAUAUUGCAGAAGGUAAAUGUGGGGGUCAAUUGGAUAAAAGUUUGAGCCGGAGAGAAAUAAAACGUCAAGAAGCAAUCUAUGAAUUAUUUUGUGGAGAAGAAGUCCUCCUUCACGAUCUCAAUAAUCUCAGAGAAAUUUACUAUGAGCCACUACUCAAUGCCAAUAUUUUGACACCUGGCGAGCUCUCCACUCUUUUUGGAGAUAUUUCAAGCCUUAUCGACUUACACAGCAGACUGAGAGAUGAAUUAGUCGAUCUACGAGACGCAUCAGGAUUUACAAAGGUGGUUGGCACCACUCUGAUCAAUUGGCUGCCAAGUCUUGCGGAAUGCUACAUCGACAGAUGUAAGACACAAGUGUGGGUGAGACAUUUGCUGGAUGCAAAACGAGUGACAAACAAGCGUUUUGAAGACUUUUUGAAGAAAAAAACUUCAGCACCACGAUCUGUAGAUCUUUGGACAUAUUUGGAUGUUCCUCGUUCAAGAGUCGUUAAAUAUCCCCUGCUGGUGAAUGAAAUUCUCAGGCACACCUCGUCUAAUCAUUCAGAUCAGACUUUACUCAGAAAAGCCAGUGGAAUACUAUCGAAAUUAUUGAUUGAAAUCGAUCAAGGAAUUGGAAUGUCGGAGUGCCAACUAGCGCAGAGCAGAAUCAACCCCUCUCCAGUUCAUGAUCCAAAUAAAUCCAUAGAAAAAGCUGCCGAAUUGAUCACGGAAGGAUUGCUGAGGGAUGCUAGAGGAACGAAACUUCACUGCUUUCUGUUUGACAAUUGUUUCGUAUUGACUCGCCCGGCUAGAAGAUUGGGACGGAAAUGCAACCCCUGUUUUCCCGUUAUAACGAGUGGAGAGUUAAAAUUUCAGCCAGAUAUUGGGAGCAAUCAAAAAUUGUAUUCAAAUGGAUUUAAAAUUGGAGAACACACGUUGAGCACCGAGGAUGAACAUUCCAAACGACAUUGGCUGGAAUCUCUUCGCAGAAUACGGAACACGAAUACAGAUACAGAUACAGAUUUGUACAUGUCGACUAAAGAAAACAUGGACGAAACACCUAAUGAAUCAGGCCUGCUUCCAUCUCCAAAUUUGAAGACAAACAAGAAAAGGAAGUCCUUAGGAGAUCUAUGCAGCAGGAAAAUCAUUCUUAGAGUGAAAAGAAGUAGUAUCGGUCUGGUGUGACGGUAAAACAACAAUUGGUAUGAAUUACACAUGGAAACGACUUCAUGAACAAUGACUGUCGGGUAUAAAUAAUACAAUAAUUUUCAAGCAAUUGCAGAAUCUGAGGAAGGUAUAAGUUCUCGGUGCAAGUAGAUUUUCAGAUUUAGAGAUUGGUCGAUUUGUGAUGAACGUUCCAAGUUACAGAUUUGAUCAACUUAAAAAAAACUUACCGCAGUCAAAUAUGUACUACCGACUGGCACCAAAAUUUAGUUCUUAGUUUAUAUUUCAAAGUUCACUGAAAGAGUGUUCCACAAAAAAAAAACCGAAAGUUGAGUAAAAAGCAAGGAAAUAGUUUUAUGCAUAGAGAAAAUUUAAUGCAUAAGUUUGUCAACUUUUGCUGGUGAACGUACUGUUUUGUUUCCUUAUUUUCAGUAUUUUAAAAAUUUCUAGCAUAUGUAAAAUCUAUUUUCAACUUCCAAUGUGUAACAUAUUUAAGAGCAUAAACAGCUAUUUCACAUGCAGUUUUAUUCCACUUUCAUUCUGAUUCUUGUUCUUUUUUACUCUUUCUCAAACUAUGAAAAUGAAUUUCUUUUAACAGCAGUACCUAUUACAUCAGUUACAAUUUGAAUAGCAUAUAAUUUUUAGUGGGUAAAUUUCAGAAGCAGUUUCAGUUAGUUUUUAGCAGUAAUCGAGUAGUCUCCGCUUUUUUUUAAAGCAAACUGUGCAGGAUGUUUUAAUACCGUAAUGUGAGGUAUCGGGUGCUUAUCUCAAACAUGUGAAAUGAGAAGCGUAGGAAAUGAAAUGGUUUAUUUUUUACAGUAAUUACACGAUUUGCACAUCAGCCCUUGGGCCAGUGUAGUGAGUUUUAAAUUUACAGAUUGUAUAAUAGAAUGAACGUGAGGUGUUCAUUUAUCGAAAACAGAAAAGUCAGGACAACAGAGUCAUGAGCAAUGUGAGCAAUGUACAAAAUAGAUAAUCCGAUGAACAUUAA